AUGUCUGCAAACCAGGUCAAGCCCGCCAUAGUGCGCAUCUCAAAACUGCUCGUCACUUCGUACAUUCUCGACUGGAUCUUGAUCGCUGGCCUCGCUGGCAUCGGCGGCGGUUUCUCAUCCCUCACACCCAGUCAACGCCCCUUCUCGCUCACCGAUCCAGAUAUUUCCCUCCCUUACAAACCAAAAGAUACUGUCUCAUCUGGCGUCCUCAUCGUUAUUGGACUAGUCAUCCCAGCCGCGAUAAUCCUCCUCUUCAGCUUCGCGCUCGUGCCUUCGCUGCACGCCCUCAAGGGAACACCAUUCGCGUUAAUCUGGCGUCGCAAAAUCUGGGAAUGGAACGCUGGAUGGAUGGGUUUAGCGCUUGCGCUGGCCGCUACAUUCACAGCUACGGAAGGACUCAAAGAUCUAAUUGGGAAACCGCGUCCGGAUCUGAUUGGAAGAUGCGAUCCUGAUUUAUCGCAGAUCGAGAGGUAUGCGGUUGGUGGACUGGGAGCGUUACUGCAGGGUGCACCGACUUUUGUCACGUAUGAGAUUUGUCGGAAUCAGGGGAGUGAGUUGAAGAAUGAUGGGUUUGCGGCUUGGCCUAGUGGGCAUUCUUCUUUUUCGUUCGCGGGUAUGUUGUACUUGACUCUGUGGCUAUGCGCCAAAUUCUCAGUCUCAUUUCCCUACCUCGGUCCAUUACCCUUUGGAACUCGUUCGCCUGCAGCAGCAGCACCACCACCACCAGCAGCACCACCAGCAAACAGUCAUCUCCAAAAAGCUGAGAGUGAGAGCACAAACUCAUUCACCACCGACACCCUGCCAACAUCAACAUCCCCCCGUGAUCAAGGUGCCGCACCGCCAGUCUACCUCCAAAUCCUCGUCUUCGUCCCCAUCUGCGUCGCAUUCUUCGUCGCAUGCUCGCGCUACCAUGACCACCGUCACGCCGGCUUCGAUAUCAUCUCUGGAUCUGCCCUGGGUAUAUUUUUCGCCUACGUCGGGUUUCACAUGUACCAUCUACCGCUUCGACGAAGUGAUGGAUGGGCUUGGAGUGCGAGGAGUCGUCGACAUGCUUUUUUCAGGGGGGUUGGGUAUGCGGAUUUGACUGUUACGGAGGGGUGGGCUGGUCAGGAACCGAUCUCUGCGGUUGCUGAGAAUGAGGUGAGAGGUGAAGAGCAGGUAUAGUCUUUUUCAUUUGCUCUAGAUGCAUUCAUGUCUCGUUCAUAUGGUGGUUGUCAUUACUAUGUACAUUAUCUAAAUA